UGCAGUCGUCGGAACGAUGGUGGCUUUGCACCAAUUCUGUCAUUCUCGUUCGCAUUUUGCGUGUAUUUUACUGCAUUUAGAAACAGCCGCGUUAAAGCAUGCAACCAGUGUAAAAUCGAAAUCAAGUGUACACGGCAGUUGAGUUAUGAACAAUCAGGGCUAUGGCGGCAUGCAAUGGAUACAGCACCACGCAUCUGUGGAGUCAGACGUUGCGGAGAACGAUGUCGGGGACGCAGCUGCGUACCUUAUUAACGGUAAUCCAACAGAACAAGCCCUCGAUCACAUGGCGGCAGAAAACCUGAUCUUUAUGCGUGAUGGACAGCUGAGCGAGAUUAUAGCUGCUAAUGAGAACGGGGGUGCCACUGUGCUUGUUAGGGCUGACGGCAGUGCCGAUGCAUACGCCGACUCGUUUGACGAUGACGCUCAAGUGGUCACCGAAGAAGUCAUCACGGAUGACUGGGUGCAACAUCAGGGGGCGGAGCGCGUGGAGAUAGCAGCGGAGCAAAUUGCAGGCAAUAGCAGCUCGCAGGAGCUGCUUGACAUGGAACAGGAUGAAUAUACAGCAUUGCGCCCGUACCCAUGUGACUUCUGCAGUCGACGAUUUCGCAAAAAGGCCAGCCUUAACAACCAUAUGCUGGCACAUCAAAACGAUCGUCCUCACCUGUGUAAAUUGUGUGGUGCUCGUUUCUCGCGCCGUGCAGAGCUCAUUAGUCAUUUUAAAGCGCACGCCGAGGCUCAGGAUGCGGCGGAUGCAGCAAUGCAGGAAGCAACAGUUAAAUUUGAGCCGCAUCGCAGAUCCAUUGACGAUCAUUACUAUGACCAAGAUUGGUCGCCUUGUCCGGAUCCUGUGCCCAGUAGUACCAUUCAAACUGCGGAUCAGACGUCUUAUCCUCAUGAAUCAAACACCUCUCUAAGCGCUGUCGUUGUCCCGGCAGCAACGCGUGGUCGUAUUAGUCGACUCAAGCCGAAGGAGGAAUACAUUGUGAUUGCAGAAAAGCCGGCGUUAGCGGAGCUCGAAUACAUUGAGAGUCAGCAAGAGCAGCAGUCGGUUAUUUCGAGCUUGGAUUUAGCGCAUGUGGCCCAGCCUGUGCAGCAGCCACAACCUCGUUUCCCCGUGCUGGACGAGAGUAAACCCUUCGUAUGCCAGCAAUGUGGGUUGGCAUUUGCACGGGAGAAGGCGCUGGUCUCUCACGUAAAGAACCAUCGUGUGGACUCCCCUUUUGAGUGCAACAAAUGUCAGGAAAUGUUUUGGGAUAAUAACAGCCUGCAAGAGCAUCAGAAGUCGCAUCAGUUUGAGGAAAGCAACUCUGAAUAUGACCCCACCUCGAGUGGAGACAGUGCCUCUGACUCCGAGCCAGAACAACUCUACGGGGACUUCUACUGCAAUGAAUGUGGCAUCUGCUUCCACCGACAAGAUCUGCUUCGCCGUCAUACUAAGCAGCACGAGAAAUUGGCUACAGCUAGAGCUGGUGCUCAUGUAGAACCAACGUCAGGCACGACUGGUAUUGGUCAUGAGCUUGCUAAAGAUGGGGAGCAUUGCUGCAGCACAUGCGGCAAAUCCUUUCCCAGCGCUCUGGAGUUGUUAGCUCACGCCGAGAUUCAUGCGCGCUUUCCGCCUUUCAAGUGCGUCCUCUGUGGCAUCAGUUUCUAUGAGGAGCAGGCCAUCAAGCGGCAUUUACACACACGCCAUCCUCACGAAUUAAAACCAAACUCCUGUGUACUGUGCGGUAAGGAAUGUCGAGACCGAAAGGCACUUAUCAAACACGCUUGGGACCAUUCUCGCGAGAAAUGCCAUUCGUGCUCUAAAUGUGGCAAAAAUUUCCAUAACAAGGCUCGCCUGAAGCGUCAUAUGGCGUCACAUCGCGACAAGUCAGUGGUAUGUGAGGUGUGCCAGGAAGAGUUUCCCGACGGCCGAUCGCUCUCCAAUCAUCGCCACUCACACAGCACCACAUCUCCAGGAAAACUGUUUCCAUGCCAUGAGUGCGGAAAAACAUUUGGCUCGCGCAGCUCGCAGCAAAUCCAUGUUCGCAUCCACACGGGCGAAAGACCCUACGGCUGUCGCUACUGCUGGAAGGCCUUCGCUGAUGGCGGGACUCUCCGCAAACAUGAGCGCAUUCACACCGGCGAAAAGCCUUACGCCUGCUCCGUGUGCCCUCGUGCCUUCAACCAGCGCGUCGUUCUUCGCGAACACAUACGCUCCCAUCACUCGGGAUUAGAUGUGGAACGUGGCACUUACCACUGCACGGUUUGCGAAGCGGAUUUGACUUCCUCCAAUGAUCUAAUACAACAUCUUAUACAGCACAGCGACACAAACACGGCCAAGCAACGGCAACCUGUAACCGGACCACGGAAAUACAAGCGCCGGCGGAAGCUGCAGCCGCACGAGAUUGCGCACUUGUGCGCCAAACCAAAGGACCCCGAAUGCGACGAUUACGGUAGCGACAUUGACAUCGGUGACUUUGAUGUAGACAAUGUGGAAGAUUUGUUUGAAAUAUCGGAACCAACCAAAAAAGGGACUGGAAAAGAUAAGCGCAAAAGGGGCGCAGUUGAAGGUGUCAAAAAAUCAAUGGCCAAUGGGAGCAAUACGUCAGCUAGUACCAAGUCUGAAGCAAGUGCGCAGGGCGCACAGACGGUGGCAAAAUCGAAUGUAGAAAAGCCACGCUAUGACUCAACCAGCAGCACUUCGGACAGACUAUGGGAGGAAAAGUUUAUGCAUGGAAGUGGACAUCCUAGUGAUGAUGCUUACAAAACCCUCUUUCAGAUUGACUCGCUGGUGGUAGUAAAUGACACGGCGCUGCCUGUGGAAACGCCUGCCAGCGUGGUAAAAACGCGGCGUAACGUCAAGCAUAAUGUGAAUACGGAGCCACAGGCACUUAGCAUGUCGACUACGGCGUCUGCGUUGGAAGCCAAAAACAAUAGUCAUACUGGUGGCAGCUCUAACAGUCGCAGUAGCCGCAAGAAACUGGCCAAGGCAGCAAAGGGUGCAGCCCCGACAACACGACCUCGAAUGAUACAUACCGAGAAAUCGCGUGUGCAGCCGUCGACGGAGACUGUCAGUGGAUCAAAAAAAACGCGCGGGAAAAUGUACGUGACGCGCACCGAAACCAACAGUCCGGUUCAGACCAGUGCCUCUGCAACACGUGCUAGUUCUUCGACCAUGGUCGAUGAUUAUGAGAUCAUUUCACCCGCCACACAGCCACCUAAUCAGAUAAGCUCUAGUCCGCUGCACAUUAAACAGGAGCAGGAGCAGCAACAGCGUGUGCAGCUCAUGUACGAUGACACACACCUGUUGCUAGACGCGACGCUUCGUGAGAAGGCAUACGAAAAGUUUAAUCCAAGCAUUGUCAACGAUCUGGAGGAGAUUCUGCGCUCCCCUCUUAAGUCUGAUCGCAAUGCGCGCCUACGCUUCAUUAGCGAGUCAUCUACGACGCCACAAUUUUUACCGGAUGAGGAGCAGAAUUUAAUCAAAAUUGAGCCUACAUCACCGGAUCUGCGCGAAAUGGUCGAGAGUCAACAACGAGUCACAGCCUCAACAGGCCCUCCCGCUUCGUCCGCAAGGACCACACGCCACCAGAGACAGUCACAAACUACCAAUAACAAAUAUCUGCCAGAGAGUAUGCAGCAAAAUAACUCAAAAGUGUCCAUGAAGCGACUCAGUGCCAGCAAAAACGCACCUGCCUCGAAAUCUAAGAAACCCAAAACGACCUCACCGUCAGCUAUGACUGCCAAAGUCAAUGAUACCAACAGCUCGACCACCCAGUCAUAUCUUGGCUACGUGGACUCGUUCAAUGUGAAUGUACCUGCCAGCUCUAACACUGCCGAUGUCAGCUCGGGUUUCUUCUCCAUUUCCGAGGUCGUUUCAGCUGCGGAUGCAGCUGAUGCAGCGGCCAAGGCGGCAGCCACGAGUAAACCGGAGCGCAAGGCACGAACUUUCGAGUGUGAGAUGUGUUCGGCAAUAUUCUACGAUCGAGCCCAGCUGUUGGAACAUGUGCACAUUCAUAUAUAGGCCUAGCCGGGGAUUUUUGUAAUUCCCUGAUCAGACCGUUCUGCUAUUAUGAAGUGUGUCCUGAAUCAGUUAUGUUAUUUAGAGUCUGUUGCUUGAUAUCCGAGGAGAUCAACUUCAUAUAUGCUUUACUAUAAAUUAGUUUUUAAGUUUAUUUAAGUUUCACGGUAAAUCUUUCCCUCAAGUUGGUCCUAUGGGACACUAUAUUUUUGGAACAAUUUUGUACAUUUUGAUGUAUUUUCAAUUGUAAAUUGAAUUACUUAAACAAUAGAAGAUAUGUGCAUGCACUGUUCUUGUAUCA